CCCGAGGGGCAUUUUGCGGCCAACGUGGAAACGCUGGACGAGGGGCAAACGUCUUGCCCCACGUGUGGGGAAAGAUUAACUCACACCAGAGGGAUCGAGGUGGGGCACACGUUUUAUCUGGGUACCAAGUACUCCUCCGUCUCCAACGCCGUCUUCUACUCCGCCGAGAACAAACCCCAGCUGGCAGAAAUGGGCUGCUACGGCCUGGGCGUCACUCGCAUCCUGGCGGCCUCCAUCGAGGUGCUCUCUACGGAGGACAGCAUCCGCUGGCCCAGCCUCAUCGCGCCCUACCGGGUCUGCUUCGUACCCCCCAAGAGAGGCAGCAGGGAGGAGGAGGAGGAGGGGGCCGUGCUGCUGGAGCAGGUCUACGACCACCUCGUCCAAGUGCUGCCCCACCUCGCCGGAGACUCGGUGCUGGAUGACAGGACGCAGAUGACCAUUGGCAAAAGGCUGAAGGACGCCAACAAGCUGGGCUAUCCCUACGUGGUCGUCGCCGGGAAGAGGGUUUGCGAGGACCCCCCGGUCUUUGAGGUCUGGAAUCAGAACGCUGGCGAGGUUUUGUUCCUCACCAAGGAACUGGUCAUUGAGUUGCUAAGUAAAGUGCAAGUCCCUUAA